UCUUCUAUUUUUUCUUGAGUUUGACGUUUUUCAUUGUUGUGUGUGUGUUUGCUCUGCAGCAAGUAGACGAACUAUUUCACUUUCACAAUUAGAAUUGGUGACAUUAAAUAAUUAUGUAGAUUUAUGUGAAGUGGCAAAAUGUAGACCAAGAAAUUGAGUUUUGUGCAGGAGUGCGCAAUAAAAGGGACACACAUUAAAACGAAGAUCAAAACUUUGUUCUCUAUGCAGUUUGACAAGUGAAUCACUUCUUCUUUAUAUCGAUCCUAUUCUCAGCUUACAAUAGCAAUUUCCCAUCUCGCUUGUAUGGCUGCUGCAAUGAUUUUAGUUCGUGUUUGAGUUUAACAGAACCAAACUUUAGGAUUUCGUUAAUACGCAAUCAUGGAGAUUGUCGGCGAUUACGAAUAUAAUCCCAAGGACCUAAUAGGUCAUGGAGCCUUCGCCGUUGUCUACAAAGGCAGGCACAGCAAGAAACCUAAUUUCGUUGUUGCUAUCAAAAGCAUCACCAAGAAAAGUCUUGCAAAGUCGCAAAAUCUUCUUGGAAAAGAGAUCAAAAUAUUAAAGGAGUUGACGGAGCUGCAUCAUGAGAAUGUUGUUGCUUUAUUAGAUUGUAAGGAGUCACAUCAUAAUGUCUUCCUAGUUAUGGAGUUUUGCAAUGGCGGUGAUCUGGCUGAUUAUCUAGGCUCUAAAGGAACUCUAUCAGAGGAUACAAUUAGAGUAUUUCUCAAGCAAUUAACUGGUGCAAUGAAGGCUUUACACGCUAAAGGAGUAGUCCAUAGAGAUCUUAAGCCGCAAAAUAUUCUCCUCAGUCAUAAUUGUGGAAAAGCUUGUCCUCAGCCUCAUCAAAUAACCCUCAAAAUAGCGGAUUUUGGAUUCGCGAGAUUUCUACAAGAUGGAGUUAUGGCUGCGACUCUUUGUGGUUCUCCGAUGUACAUGGCUCCCGAAGUUAUCAUGUCCUUACAAUACGACGCAAAAGCAGACCUGUGGUCCCUUGGGACAAUUGUUUUCCAAUGUCUCACGGGUAAAGCUCCUUUCCAAGCACACACACCCCAAGCGCUGAAACUUUAUUACGAGAAGAAUGCCAAUUUGGGUCCAAAAAUUCCAGCUGGAACGUCUCCGGAAUUAUCGAAUCUAUUGCUUGGCCUCCUGAGACGAAAUGCAAGAGACCGCAUGUCUUUUGAUGAAUUUUUCAAUCACUCAUUCUUACAAGGACCCCGAGAGAAUCAGAGUCCAGUUCCGGUUGAAUUGCCAGCGUCUCCUGGUAUUUUGCCAGUUCCAGAAAGAGUUGUCCUGAGAUCGGGUCCUGAAACGCAUAGCCCGUGCUCCAGUCCUGAAGAUGACUUUGUUCUUGUGCCCAGUGAUUUGAGUAGUGACGCUGACAACAACCCGAAUCCACAAUUGAUCAACAGAUAUACGAAGCAAAACAGCCGUGAAGCAGUGAGCCCUCCUCGACCUUGUUUUCUACCAAUUUCAGAACCUAUUCCUGUGCCGACACAGAGAAGUGCUGCUCAACCAUCGUCUCCUUCGGCUUCAGGCAGAUCAAGCAACAAUGUCAUCCCUCGAUCUCAACCUAUCAGUAUGAAGUGCAGCGUCGACUCACAUAGAACGCACGCUCCUGAUAUUGGCUCUCUAAGUCCACCUAGUGUGCAAUUUGUCAUUGGCACUCCACCAGGAAGAAGAUUGAGUGAAACACCUCCUCCACCCAACACUUGGCAAGUGAGUCCAGUUGCCAGGCAUUCUCUCAAUUCCACUGGAACAUCGCCACUGAGACGAUCAUCUGGAAAUAACAGCGCCUCAUCGCCACUUCUCACUGGACCUUUAGCAGUGUUAGGUUCCCCCACUGCGAAGACUCUUCAGGAUAACAACAACACUUUACGACAUUCGCCAGUCAUACCUUUUGGAACCAGAGCAGUCACGUUGCCAGAAAUUUCAGAGGCAGGCAAUUUUCAGAGCUUCUUUCCUGAGCUUAAUCAAGGAACGACAGAUGAUAGGCUGCUGACGUUCUUUGCUCCGGAAUUGCCGGAGGAAACUCUACUUGAAAGGGAUCACAAUGAAAUACUGGCAAAGCUUAAUUUCGUCGUAGCCCUGUGUGAAUGUGUCUGCGAAGUUGCGCGAACUAGAGCUGGUCCUUUGGGAGCGCCUUUGGGUGCUAUUGAACAAGCGAGCAAUGCCGCUACUCGAAGAAGAGCUGAGCAAGUUAUUCUUUUAGUUAGAGCUCUUCAGUGGCUCAGUUCUGGAUUGAGUCUCGCGACACAACAGCUCAAAGCAGGCAGAUUGCAACCAACGGCCAGCGUUAAAGAAGUUGUCAGUACAAUGAAUGAUAAGUUCAGAUCGUGUUUGGCUGAGUGUAAACAAUUGAACAGUGCUGGUAUUUUGCGUCAAACUGGAGCAACUGCAGACAAAAUACUCUAUAAUCACGCUAUUCAAAUGUGCCAAUCGGCAGCAUUGGACGAAUUAUUCGGAAAUCCUGCCGAAUGUUUUCAGAGAUAUCAUACCGCGCAAAUAUUAUUACAUUCUCUGUCACAACACGUUAGUCAUAGCCAAGACCGAGCACUUCUCAUCAAAUAUAAAGAUGCUGUCGAGAAACGAUUAUACGUUUUACAGCAGCAAGGUUUCAUUUACGCAACUGAUCCAACGUAGCACAAGUGCAAGUCCACAUGAUGCAGUGUUCUUUCCAGACCCUAUGAAAAUCUUUUACCUUAUAAGAAAUUACUUGUAAGUGAAAAAGAAUUUUUAAACAAUUGAUUAUUAUUUUUAAAUUAUUUCAUCUGACGCGAUGAGUCAAGAAAUGACCUAAAUUAUUUGUUGUUUUUUUUUUAAAUAUAAUAGAUGCGCUAUUUUUAAUUUAACAUUGAAUGUUAUGUACAAUGGAGAAUACUGAAAUUUUUGCAUAUUUUUAACAAAAUAUUAUGAGAAUAAUUUCGUUUGUUUAAUACAUUUGGAGUAGUAAAUAUUUGUAAAUCAAUUAAUUAUUAUUUAUUCAGUCUGGCUUGUAUGAUUAUAAAGAAUUAAUUAUUGUUACCUAUCUGUAAGUACCUGUAUACUGUAAUGUACUCGUGAUGCAACGAGACUGACCUUUAUUUUAUUUCCCAUUAAUGGUAAUGGAAAAAAAAUCCCGGUUAACAAGGCUGGAAUAUAAUGUAAUAAAAAAAAUUAAUUCCAUUUAAUAAGGAAAAUUCCUUCUUCUUUUUAAUUUUUUGCACAUAGAAAAUAAAAAAGUAGUGUCGAAAUAGACAAGACAAGGUUUUUAAGGGAUUAAUUUUGAUUUUUAGUUUUUUGGUAAAUCUUUUCUUCUUUUAUUUUUAUGUCCAUGUUAGACUAUUUUAUUCUGUAUAAAGAAAUUAGAUUGCACUAUUUUGCUUCUAAAUCUUAAAAAUAUUAAAUAACACUUUUAAAAUAAAAAAUUGUACAUGUCAUAAUUAUAAUAAAUGAAUCACUUGAAAUUAUGAAAAGUCCGAAAUUUCCCUUUAGGGGAUUUAAAAAAUUUUCUAUUUCAAGUUUUACUUAACGAAACUUUUCGACAUUAAAAAAUAUUCCAAACUUAUUCCAGAAAAAGAAGAUAAAGUUUUUUAUAAUUUUGAAAAGAAAGGGAAUUUUCCAAAUAGAAUAGAUAACAUUUUCAAGAAUAUCAGAUAGUUUUAAUUUUUUUUAAGUCUUCUUACUGGGUACGUAUACUAACGCGAAAUUUAUCUAGGAGAGAAACUCAUUGUUUAUUAAAAGCGUGCAAUGUAAAAUCUCCAAACAAUGUGUUAACAAAAGUGUAGAAUGUAAAACAACAUUUACGCAACAAUAAAACAAUAAUUAUAAAAACAA